AGCGCGCGCUUUUAUGCCUUGGGUGCACGGACGGCGGCGCGCACACGCGACACACGCGCCGUGCGGCAAACACACCGGGACAGAACCGGGAUCAUAACUGGGAUUAAACCGGAGACGUGGAGACCGGAGACGGAUCACACGGGACAGGUGAUGGAAUAGGUGAUGUCUGAAGUACAGGGAACUGUGGAGUUUUCUGUGGAGCUGCACAAAUUUCACAAUGUGGAUCUCUUCCAGAGAGGGUUCUAUCAGGUGAGGGCGGGGCUAAGGGUGUCGCCACACGUUCCACACAGGUGUAUCACCACAACGCCCGGAUACACAGGCGAGUGCAGUUUCAGCAGUGCAGGAGUGCACGAUGGAGCCCUUUACAGUCGGAUAUUUCAGAUCCUGUACAGGAACGAGGAGAUUUCGCUGGAGGACCGCGUCAUCUUCCGAGUCCACCUGCUGCUGGACGGAGAAAGGGUGGAGGAGGCCCUGAAUGAAGUGGAUUUCCAGCUUAGGCUCGACCUGCACUUCACAGAUGUGGAACAACAGUUGGCUGAUAUUACAUCGGUCCCGGCGAUCAGCGGCCGGACUCUGGGUCUCCAUUUCCACUCGCGGACUGGCCUGCACCAUCACCUCCCGGUCAUGUUUGACUACUUCCAUCUCUCAGUCGUCUCCAUCACGGUCCACGCCUCCUUAGUGGCUCUGCACCAACCUCUCAUCAGCUUUGCACGUAGCACUAAAGGGGCGUGGCUUGGGAAGGGUCCUCCAGAGAGUGAUGCCACGCCCCCUGCGAUGUCUGUGGAGAAUCUGAUGUUUGGAGCUGGAUACUGUCGACCCGUUCUCACUGAGGGGAGUUUUUACGUACCGUCGGAGAACUGCCUGCAGCGAGCUCAUACGUGGCACUGGACUCUCUGUCGCCUCCUACUGGUGGCUCAUAAAGGACUGAGCCUUUACUACACGGCGCUGAUGAAGGAAAUACCUCAACUGCAGCACAUCAGCUUAGAAGACGUUCAGAUACAGAAAACACUGGAGCAGCUCAGCGUCCAGCUGCAGUUGCAGGACAGUCAUGAGAAGGUAGCCGAGCAUAUUUCUCAUGAUCUUUCUCAGCUCUGUGCCAACCUGGCAUCGUUUUGGACUCAGUUUUUGAAGGUGGCGGUAACAAACCCACACAUCCGCAGUCACCUCGCCCAGGAGCACCACAAGCUCAGGGUCAGGAGAUUUUCUGAGAGCUACUUUUUCACUGAACAUCCCAAAGAAUCUUCUCUCACCUUCCAAGAGGAGCUGAUCAGUAAGCACGCUCAGCUGGCGGUGGAGUUGAGGAGUUCCGAGUACCUCAGCCUCAUGCCACCUUUGCCCAUCGAGUGCCUCGACAUAGACGGCAACUCCAGCAGCCUGCCCAUAAUCUUCGAGGACAGAUUCGUGGACACGCCCUGCUUAGAUUAUAAAUCUCACAUGUCAAAGCGUCCGGUCUCCACUGGUCAGCGAUCUACUGAUUCCGAAGACUCGGUGGACCAAACGGUCAUAUCAACAGCAGGGACUCCUGAUCCACCGACAGUAACCACCGAGGAUCCUGCCUCUGAGGAAUACAUCAACCUGCCAGCCUACAUGGCUCUGAUCGGUCAGAAGAGGGGCGUCGUAACUGGCAGGGAUGGACAUACGGUUGAUGUGGACGCUCCUGAUGGGACUGAAGUUGGAACUGAAUUUCUGUCUAGAGUUGAAACAGACUCCGGACCUGGAGAUGGUGCUAACGGAGCUGAAACGGACACAAAUAGGUCUACAGAAGAAGAACUUCAAGAUUAUUCUGGUUUGAGGUAUAUUAACGUCCGGCCAGCCGAUUCUGACCCGUACAGAGGACAUGAAGUUUUUCUUAUCCAAUCAGAUGCCAAGGAAUUGACCGACCUUGCUGACUCUGAAGCUUCAAAGUCGAGUCAUCAAGACGAUUCAAAGAGUCAAACAGUCUCUAAGGGAUUCAGGAGUAAAGAUGAAAAUAUAGUGACCCAAGCAAAGCAAAACGAUUGUGGAAACGUCAAACUGACCUCUAAAGGAGACCGGCCGAGCACACCACUGGACCACUUGUUGUCUGUGACCCCUCCAAGAGGUGGGUUCCUGGGCAAACUGAAGAUAAUGAAGCGCUCCUCCUCCGUGAUCUCCGACUCCGGCAUCGAGAGCGAGCCCAGCUCGGUGGCCUGGCCCUCAGAGCUCCGUUCUGGAGUCGCUGGAAAUCGUGACCCUCUGCACCCCUGUCGUAGGAGAGCGACGCAUCGGAGCUCCCUAGAAGGUCUUCAGACCGAGAGUCACGGAAGCCUACCUAGCGCUACUCAGGCCUCGUUAAGCUCCAUCAGCUCUUUGCCGUAUGAAGAUGAAGAAGAGGAGCGCCAGAGGCAACUCAACACGCUUACCAAGUCCGCCUCGGCUCCACAGAUCAGCAGCCCCGAGGACGCCCAGGAGGUCGUCCGGGACCUGGCCGGUCAGGGGGAGAUUACUGAGGCAAGUCAAGAGACGAAUGCCGGACAGAUAAGACAAAAACCAGAAGGUGGCAAUGAGGAGGAUGGACUAGAAUCGGCCAAUCAGGAAAAGGACGAAGACCAACCCGAGAAUCCAAAAAAUUAUGGAUUUGGACUGUUGCACAUAAAAGAAUCUAAUCUUUUUGAAGACGACGUUAGAUUGGGCAAAUCUGAAUGCCAUGAACAUGAAAAUGAGUUGAAGGACAGCUAUGAUGACGUAAGCUUUCAACAAAUACAGCUAGAUGACCUUGAUGAUGAUGAUGAUCUUGGAAGCCAAGAUACACCAACCAAUGGGAACCAGAACCUCCACACAGUCACCAACCCAGCUAAAGAGAGCAUCGGUGACCCCAUAGAGCUUCUAGACCAAUCACAAGAGCCAAAAAGGAUGCAAGGACAAGCCAGAGUCAGUCAGCUUCCGAGUUCCGGCCUGGCGUUCAUGAAUAAGAAAGUGGUGGAGGUGGUGAACCUGUCGGUGUCCUGCGCUCCGACCUGCCUGCCCUUCUCCUCCGUCCUGCGAGAUUCUCCGUCGGUCAGUGGAAUCUCUGCCCAACAAGCCAUCUCCCCGAUUACCAAUCAACCUCUGGGCUCUUUCGGAAUCAUCUCUUCGUCGUCCUCCUCCCUGUGCACUGACCAGGACAUCAGUGAAAGGAUGCUGGAUUUUUAUAAAGCUAAAGAGGCGUUUAUGGAGAAGUUAUCAAUCAGAGCGAAUCUUUACAGCGACCUUCCCCUCCUGGCCUCUGACCACCCGUACUUUCCACCCGAAGAGGAAGAGGAGGAGUUUGAGGAUGGGAUCCACCUGGUAGUGUGUGUCCACGGUUUAGAUGGUAACAGUGCAGACCUGCGUCUUGUGAAGACCUUCAUCGAGCUUGGCCUGCCAGGAGCACGACUGGACUUCCUCAUGUCUGAACGCAACCAGAUAGACACGUUUGCAGAUUUUGACACCAUGACGGAUCGGUUGCUGGACGAGAUCGUUCAACACAUUCAGCUGUACAACCUCACCGUGGGGAGAAUCAGUUUUAUCGGUCACUCUCUGGGUAACGUGAUCAUCCGCUCAGUGCUGACCAGACCUCGCUUCCGCUGUUACCUCAGCAAACUACACACCUUCCUGUCCCUGUCCGGCCCUCACCUGGGUACACUGUUCAACAGCAGCACGCUGGUCAGCACAGGUCUGUGGUUGAUGCAGAAGCUGAAGAAGUCCGGUUCCUUGCUGCAGCUCACCUUCAGAGACCACGCAGACCCCCGGCAAACCUUCCUGUACACACUCAGCCAAAAACCAGGUCUGCAGUUCUUCAGAAACGUGGUGCUGGUGGCGUCUCCUCAGGACCGUUACGUUCCCUUCCACUCGGCUCGAAUAGAACUGUGCCGGACCGCUCUUAAGGACAAGACUACAGGUCCAGUGUACACCGAGAUGAUCGACAACCUCCUGCAGCCGCUCCUGAAGGCGCCGCAGUGCCGCGUGAUCCGCCAGAACGUGUUCCACGCGUUACCCAACACGGCUAACACGCUAAUCGGCCGAGCCGCUCACAUCGCCGUGCUGGACUCUGAGCUCUUCCUCGAGAAGUUCCUGCUGGUCACUGGACUGGAUUACUUCAAAUAAUCACCUCUCACUUCGGGUAGCCAAUCAGACAAGCCGCCAGCACCCUUCACCGUGUGGCAGCUGACCAAUCAGAAGAUCUGUUGUCCAAGAGUGGUCAGCAUGUUAGACCAAGGCUAGGCUACUUCAACUGGCCUAUAAGAUCACACUGUAGGCUACUCUCUGUUGACCAUUGACCAAUCAGAGCUGUCCAUAAUUGAUGCUGGUUUCAAGUCUUAUUACCUCCAUAGGUCCACCUCAGUA